AUGAUGUGCGAAUCAAAAUCCAUGGCUAAAUUUGAAGAUCUUUCGGAUGAAAUUAUUAUAUCUAUAAUUGAAUAUUUAUCAUUAGAAGAUUUUAUUUCAAUAUUUGGAAAAUUAAAUACUCGAUUAGCAUAUCUUAUUUUUGAUCAUCCAUGGACUCAACAUCGACUUUGUCUACAAACAAUCGAUGAUAAUACUCUUAAGAAAAAACUUGAUUUUAUUGACAAUAUAAAAUUAAUAACAAGAAUUUCAUCAAUUAAAAUUUGUCCAUUUAGUAUUUAUCGUAGUAUUGAUACAUUCAAUAAAUAUAAACCAUUAUCUAACUUUGUCAAUUUACACGCUUUAUCUUUGAACAAUAUUACACUUAGCGAAGCUGAAUCAAUUUUCACUGACGAAUGUUUAUCGAAAUUCAAUAAUCUCACUCAUCUUUGCAUUAUUUUCUCAUUGGUAAUCGAACAAAAUGAUUAUUCUCAUCGAUUAGAAAGUUUAAUUUCAAAAAUUCUUAUUCAUCCAUCACUUCGACAUUGUGUUAUUCGUACACCACAAUGUCUUGAAUUUUCACAAUUACAAUCAUCAUCUUUUGUAGAAUAUCUUAAAAUUGAUUAUUGUAGUUUUCAAAGUUUAUAUACUCUAUUUGAAUUUACUCCUUAUCUUCGUCAUUUAACUGCAACUAUUGCAAUAAUUAGUGAAGUCAAAAAACAACAAAUAUCAAUACCUCCUGUACUUACUUCAAUUAAAUUAGAGUUAUGUAUGCCGUUAUAUGAUGAACUUACAAAUUUCUUAGAAAAAUUUUCAAAAUUACAAAAAUUAAAUAUUAUUACAUAUUCAAUUAUUGAACCAUUAAAAUAUACAUCAUCUUGGUUUAAAUUAAUUACAGAAUAUUUACCUGCAUUGACUCAAUUUAAACGAAAAUCAAAUGUAGCUCUAGAAAAUAUUGCUUCAUAUAUUGAACCAUUUCAUUGGCCAAAUGGAUGGGAAUUAAAAGAAUACCGUACACCAAAUGGUUCAAAUUAUUCUCGAAUUACAAUUGUCAAUACACGAUAUUAA